AUGAACCGCCCUCCACCACCGUUACAAGUCGCAGAUAAGACGGAAGAAACGAUGGCGUUCAAUGACAGGCACGUCCACUUCGCGGCGGAAGAUGACCACUAUAUCUACCCAAUAACGCCCUCCCCCUCAUACUCACAAUCGUCGUUGCCCUCGUCGCCGGGUUUGAUGACACCGCCACCAGUCCACGCAAUACCCGCGCCACCUACACCAUAUCCCUUCCAACCAAGGCCCCUACCCUCCAUGUCGCCGGAGACCACAGCCCUCUACGCACCACAACCCGCACCUAUCAUAAUACACCCUGCUCUUGACAGACCUUCGGCCAUUGGGUUCGACUUACGAAUCAAUCCUUUCCCAGUCCGCGACCUCGCCCCAACAGAGCUCGCGAAACCAGCAACCUCUCCACCGCUUCCACAGCUGAGGAUCAAGUGCAAGCUCUUGCCAUGGUUGAUUAUUGUGCGACCCUCCUCGCCGAAGCCGAACGCUUUCGUCACCGUAUCCGACGUCCUUGCAGGGACGUAUACGCAGCUGUGCGAAGCUGUGAAGAAAGACGAGUUUAGUCGCGUCCGUGGAGUUGAUGAGAUGAACGCCAUACGGGAUGCGUGGCAGAAGAGGUGCCACCAAGUGAGGGGAGCUGUAGACGUUGAACGGCGGGUAGACUUCCUGAUGAAUAACACGGUGUUCAAGGGAUUAUCGGCCACGGGAGAGGCCCCCGACGACCUACGGCUGAGCGUCUCCCCACCACCAUGA